AUGUGUGUUCACGUAUUUGGAAACUGUGCUUCCCCAUCUGUUGCUACAUAUGGUCUACGCAAAGCUGUACAAACUGCUGAAAAAGACAUUCAAAAUCUGGUUGACAAGGACUUUUAUGUAGAUGACUGUUUAACGUCUAAGCCUACUGUUGAUCAAGCAAUAGUUACAGUGAAAAGAACUCAGACAGCUUUACGUGAUGGUGGAAACAUUCGGCUACAUAAAAUUGCAUCAAACAAUGUCGCUGUAAUGCACGCCUUCCCUCAGGAAGACCUUGGAGGUGAUUUAAAAUCACUAGAUCUUAGUGUAGAUCCUCUUCCUGCCCAGCGAAGUCUCGGAUUGGCCUGGGACUUGAAGAAGGACGCCUUCAUCUUCAAUAUCGAAAUGGAAAACAAGCCAUAA